UUGUCAGGGGACUUAAUGACCUCUGAUGAUUUUCUCUCUCCAGGCGCCGGGACGUUCGGGCAGGUGCACCUGGUGAAGGAGAAGACUGCCAAGCAUUUCUUCGCCCUCAAGGUGAUGAGCAUUCCCGACGUCAUCCGCCUGAAGCAGGAGCAGCACGUGCACAAUGAGAAGUCCGUUCUGAAGGAAGUCAGCCACCCGUUCCUCAUCAGGCUGUUCUGGACGUGGCAUGACGAGCGCUUCCUCUACAUGCUCAUGGAGUACGUGCCGGGCGGCGAGCUCUUCAGCUACCUGCGCAACCGGGGCCGCUUCUCCAGCACCACGGGGCUCUUCUACUCAGCAGAGAUCAUCUGUGCCAUCGAGUACCUGCACUCCAAGGAGAUCGUCUACAGGGAUUUGAAGCCGGAGAAUAUCCUGCUGGAUAGGGAUGGCCAUAUCAAGCUCACGGACUUCGGCUUCGCCAAGAAGCUGGUAGACAGGACGUGGACCCUCUGCGGAACACCCGAGUACCUGGCCCCGGAAGUCAUUCAGAGCAAGGGCCACGGGAGGGCCGUGGACUGGUGGGCCCUCGGCAUCCUGAUAUUCGAGAUGCUCUCCGGGUUUCCUCCAUUUUUUGAUGACAACCCGUUUGGCAUUUAUCAGAAAAUUCUUGCAGGCAAAAUAGAUUUCCCCAGGCAUUUGGAUUUUAGCGUAAAAGACCUCAUUAAGAAACUGCUCGUGGUUGACAGAACAAGGCGGUUAGGUAACAUGAAGAACGGGGCGAAUGACGUGAAGCGCCAUCGGUGGUUCCGGUCCAUGGACUGGGAAGCUGUUCCGCAGAGAAAACUGAAGCCUCCCAUUGUGCCCAAGAUCUCUGGCGACGGCGAUACCUCCAACUUUGAAACUUAUCCCGAGAAUGACUGGGACACAGCCACUCCCGUGCCGCAGAAGGAUUUAGAAAUCUUCAAGAAUUUCUGAGGACAGGAGUUCACAUCUGGAAGAAACAGGAAGAUUGGAAUGUGCCUGGAACGAAAAACUGUACCUAAGCAGACCGGAAGAAAUGACUUCUUCAUGCGGCAAGGACAUUUCCAGUUUCCUGUGUGCCGUAUGUAUAGAAACAUCAGAGCACAGUUGAAAUGAAUGGAACGGUCGUUAUUUAAGCAACUGGAAUUCCACACUGUGGGAAGGGUUUGAAAACUGGCUGUAGAUUUGAUCUUCUCCUUUAGUGUUGUGCUCCUACUGUGAUGUCUUGGUUUUUCUCAUAGACUUAAGUUUAUAAGUUUGAACUGGACUUGUUCAAUUAUAACCACAUUUUGUGUGUGUGUUUGUGUGUGUGUGUGUGCCUGUGUGUAUAUAUAGAAGUCAUUAUGGCAGAUGCACAGAAAUUGUGCAGUGAUAUAACUGUUCAUACUUCACAGAGCCUAUAAUUAUUAUUUUUCAAUUUGUUUUUUCAAAAAUCUCUUGGGGACAUCUGAAGGGUAUGUUGCAUGCAUU